AUGAAUUCUCACAUGCCUUAUAUGCCCAUGUUUCCACAUGCUCCCAUUCAAUAUGUUAAUAUGCCAUUAAUGCCUAAUCCAUUCUUUGGUGCAUUUAACAUGUCUGUUGUGCCCAAUCCUCAUGUCAACAUGAAUCAUGCUAAUUUAAAUCAAUUUUCUGUGAACUCUACUAAUUUUGGUUCCUCUAAUUCUACUGCGAUGCCUAAGGUUAAGAAGAUUAAUUCUGAGGAUAAAGUUGUUUCCAAGCCUUCUAAAUCCAAAGAAAUUAAUUCUUCUAAACCAAAGGGAAUAAGAAAGAAUCUUGGGUAUCUUGAUAGUGGCUGCUCAAGGCACAUGACUGGAGAUUCUACCCUGCUCAGCAAGUUUGAGGAAAGGGUUGGCCCAAGUAUAACCUUUGGAGAUGACAGCAAAGGAUUUACUCUGGGAUAUGGCAUUAUUUCAAAAGGAAAUGUCAUCAUUGACAAUGUUGCAUUAGUGAAAGGGCUUAAGCACAAUCUGCUUAGCAUUAGUCAACUAUGUGACAGAGGACAUCAAGUUUGGUUUUCAACAGAAGCCUGUGUUAUCUCUGAUAAGAAAGAUAACAAAGUGGUUUUAACUGGAAAUAGGAAAGGCAAUGUCUACACAGCUGAUUUCAACUCUACAAGUGCAGAUUCUCUCACUUGCUUAUUCAGCAAAGCAAGCUUGGAUGAUAGUUGGCUGUGGCAUAAGAAAUUGUCUCAUUUAAACUUCAAGGCUAUGAAUGAUCUUGUGAGAAAAGAUCUUGUUAGAGGACUGCCAAAGUUGGAAUUUUCCAAGAAUGCAAGUGAAAUCAUCAUCAAUCAUAUUAAGAUAGUUGACAACAUUGAUCCAGGAAGAAAAGUCUCAAGGAUCAGAAGUGAUAGUGGGACUGAGUUCAAAAACUCUGUUAUGAAGAGUUUCUAUGAAGAUAAAGGCAUUCACCAUGAGUUCUCUGCUGCAAGAACUCCUCAACAAAAUGGUGUAGUUGAAAGGAAGAACAGAACUCUUAUUGAAGCUGCUAGAACAAUGCUUGAAGAAUCAAAAUUGCCAACUUACUUUUGGGCUGAAGCUGUUAAGACAGCAUGUUACACUCAAAAUAUCUCUUUGAUAAACCAAGCACAAGGAAUGACUCCCUAUCAAUUGUUUAAAGGAAAGAAGCCAACAUUGAACUUUCUACAUGUCUUUGGAUGCAAGUGUUUUGUGUUAAGAAAUCAAGCCUAUAGAGUUUAUAAUCUAAGAUUAAACAUUGUUAUGGAAUCUGUUCAUGUAAUGUUUGAUGACAAGAAAAUUCAAGGCUUCGAUGAUGAAGGAUUUCAUGAUGUCUUUCAAUUUGAAAAUGAAUCUGAAGGAAUAAUUGAACUGGAAAGUGAUGAUGAUGAAUGUGUUGAAAAUAUAAAUUCUGGUGUGAUUCAUCCAUCGAUUGGUAAUAAUUUACCCAAUACCAGAACAACAGUUGAUACAACUCAGUCUACAUCAAUGGCUAAUGAUUUAUCCAAUACUAGUUCAUCAAUGGCUAGUAGUUCAAGGUCCAUACACUUAGGGGGAGCUUCUCAAAAUGAAACUGACUUUACAAAUGAAGCCAGUUCAUCCAGAUCAAAUCUUCCUCCACAAAGAAAAUGGACAAGGGAUCAUCCCUUUGAGCUUAUUAUUGGAGAUGCUGCUGCUGGUGUCAAAACAAGGAGAGCUACUAUGGAUGAAUGUCUAUACAGCAGCUUUCUAUCACAUGAAGAACCUAAAAAGAUUGAAGAAGCUCUUCUUGACCCUGACUGGAUUCUAGCUAUGCAAGAAGAGCUAAAUCAAUUUGAAAGGAACAAAGUGUGGAAGCUGAUGCUGAUUAUGCUGGGUGUAGAAUUGACAGAAAAAGCACUACUAGUACAUGUCAAUUUCUAG